AUGGCUUCAAUUGCGAAUGUGCUUCCUUCAUUUACACACAAACUCCCUUUCCGUCCAAGAUCUCAUAACUCUUCUUUUCGUAUGUCUUAUCAGACCACCACAACAACUACAAGAAAAUCUGCAAAUUAUCCCCCUCCCACAUGGGAUUUCAAUUUCAUUCAAACACUCAACACUAAUUCUUAUGCUGGUGAGAAGUUUGUUACGCGGCGCGAUGAGUUGAAGGAGGAAGUGAAAGAUUUGCUGAACAAUGGAGAGAUUAAAGAAGCAGAGAAAAUAGAGAUGAUUGAUCAGUUGCAGAAGCUUGAUUGUUCAUACCAUUUUGAGGACGAAAUCAAUGCAGCUUUGAUGGAUAUCUAUACCAAGAAGAGUAGUAACAAUUUCAAGUCAUCAGAAGAGAAGGACCUGUAUUCCACAGCUCUUGAGUUUAGAGUUCUCAGACAAAAUGGUUUUGAUAUUUCUCCAGAGGUAUUUGAGGGUUUCAUGGAUGGGAAGAGGCUUAGUUUUAAUGCCAAUCUUGGUGAAGAUACUAAGGGAUUGCUGAACUUAUAUGAAGCAUCUUUUCUAUCAAAGGAAGAAGAUACCAUUUUGGAAUUGGCUAGAGAUUUCUCUGCCAAGCAUCUCAAACAGGUGAUCAACGGUGACCAAAAUCUCAAUGACCCCAAACUAUUGCCACAUGUGCAACGCGCCCUAGACAUCCCAUUGCACUGGAGGGCGCCCAGGUUGGAAUCUAGAUUCCUCAUUGAUUCCUUCGACCUAGGAAAAACAUCUUCCAAUGAUUCCACCCUUUUGGACUUGGCUAAACUAGACUUCAACAUUGCUCAAGCUGUGUAUCUUGAGGAUUUGAGAUCCGUGUCCAGGUGGUGGAAGGAUUCGUGCAUUACUGAAAAGUUGGAAUUCGUAAGGGAUAAAGUGGUGGAGAAUUUCAUAUGGGCGUUGUCAAAGACCAGCAGUCCAAAGUAUUCACACUGCAGAAGAGUAGUGACCAAGAUCGACGUUCUUCUUUGCACGGUUGAUGAUUUAUAUGAUAUUUAUGGUACUUUAGAUGAAUUGCAACUCUUCACCGAAACCAUUGAAAGAUGGGACGAUAUAACACAAGUUGGGCAUCUCCCAGAAAAGAUGCAGUUCUGUUACUUUGCAGUCCACAACUUUGCUAAUGAAGUAGCAUAUGAUAUUCUUAAAGAACAUAAUGUCAAUAUUUUACCUUACCUACGAAGAGAGUGGGUGGCCCUUUGCAAAUCACACUUACAAGAAGCAAAAUGGGCCCACAGUGGAGUGACCCCACCCUAUGAAGACUACAUUGAAAAUGCUUGGGUGUCAAUAGGGUGUAAUCUAGCAUUAAUGCAUGCUUUUGUCCAUGUCAACCACCCAUUGAAGGAGAGUGACCUACAAUGCAACACAAAGUACCAUGAAAUAGUUCGCUUGUCAUCUAUCCUCCUCCGCCUUCCAAAUGAUAAAGGAACUUCAAGUUAUGAGAUGAAAAGGGGUGAUGUACCAAAAGCAAUACAAUGUUACGCAAAUGAGCAUAAAGUCUCUUGCGAAGAAGCUCGUGAUUUCGUUGAUGGUCAUAUCAAUGAAACAUGGAACAAAAUCAAUAAAUUUCUAUUUGAUGACACUUUCACUAAAACAUUCGUUCAAGUUACCAUGAAUAUCGGGAGAGUAGCUCUGUGCAUGUAUCAACAUGGAGAUGGGCAUAGCUUCAAGAACUUAGAGACUAAUCGUCGUAUCCAGGCUGCUUUGUUUGAUCCAAUUCCUCUAAUAAUAUAGCCAUGAAAAUGUAUGUUUGAGGAAUUAAAUCAUUCAAUUUAAUGUUGUAUGGUUGGUACUUCUAUGGGUAGGCUGCCCUGCAUUUCUUGAAUAAUAAUUCGUCUGUCGUCAUAUCUA